GUUGUCCGUAGCCCUGGACGGCCUCUCUCUCCCUCAGUCUGGCCGGCCCAGCCACGUCUCGAUGGUGCCAGCGCGCUUCCCCCGAGGCCCCCUCCGCCCCGCUCCAGGAGGCGGGCCCCGCCCCUCCCGCUGCGGCCCCUAGCAACCACAUCCGGGACUCAGCCGGCGCCUUUGCCCGGGUAAUUUUCUGGCUGCGGCUAGAUCACUGGGGGGUGUGAGCGCGGGUCCAGAUGCACCUGCCAGAGCUGGGAGCUUUCCGAAGGGCGCGCCGGCCUGGUCUUGAGUGGUCGGAGGUCCAGGAGCCCUCGGCAUCCUUUUCUCACCCACACACCCCAGCCUCACGUAUUAGGCGUCCCCCCAACAGACGAGGAUAUCGUCAAGUCCUAAAAGGGUUCUGCCAUUUUCUUCUCCAUCCUAAAGAGACUUGGAAAUUAAUCGGUAACAUUUUGCAUGAAAUUACUGGAUGCUUUUCGUCUUAUCUCUGAGGCCUUCUGUGGAGAAUUAAGAGGAGGUUGAAUGCACGCAUGGAUAAAAUGGAUCAUCUUAAAGGAUUGAAGUUCCAAAAAUACAUCAGCAGGACUGGACAGGUUUGACAUAAUGAGAUUUCUAUUUUAGCUUGACUUCCGGAACUCCAAAUAAACUAUAAACUGAGCUACACAAGGUCCUGGGGAGGAAGUUUCUCUUCUAAAAUAUUCUAGCUGCAGAUAACAUUUUUCUUAUUCAGAUCCUUUGAAGAAAUUAUUUACUCAUCCAUUUUCUGAGGAAUACGACUAUUAGACACUUACCAACUUUUAAUAUAUGAAGUGGAAUAGAAAGCAGCAACUUGUAUCAUACUGGAAAAUAAAUUUUCAUCAAGAAACAGACCCAGAAAGAGAAGACAUCUCUACAUAAGCACAGGGUGAGAUGGCAGAGGCUCCUGUGGAUGCCUCAACUCUGCCCGUAACUGUGAAGAAAAAGAAAAGUCUAUCCAUUGAAGAAAAGAUCGACAUCAUAAAUGCAGUAGAAAGUGGUAAGAAAAAAGCAGAGAUUGCAGCUGAAUAUGGAAUAAAGAAAAAUUCAUUGUCUUCUAUUAUGAAGAAUAAAGACAAGGUUCUAGAAGCCUUUGAAUCUCUGAGAUUUGAUCCAAAGAGAAAAAGACUGAGAACUGCUUUUUACACAGAUCUGGAAGAGGCACUAAUGAGGUGGUAUCGAAUCGCUCAGUGUCUGAAUGUACCAGUUAAUGGUCCAAUGUUGCGUCUAAAAGCUAAUGAUUUUGCCCAGAAACUGGGACAUAAUGAUUUUAAGUGCAGCAACGGUUGGCUGGAUCGCUUUAAAUCCAGGUAUGGUUUAGUAUUCAGAGCUCAACCUGUAGAAGCUACAGGUGUAUCAGUAGACCCUUCAGAUGUCUGGCACCAAAACAUACUUCCUUAUUAUUUAAAUGAUUAUCAUCCUAAAAAUGUUUUUAAUGUAAAAGAGACUGGGCUGCUUUAUCGAAUGUUGCCUACAAAUACAUUUGCAUUUAAAGGAGAAACAUGCUCAAUUGGCAAGUUAUGCAAAGACAGAAUAACUCUGGUGGUUGGGACAAACAUGGACGGCUCAGAGAAACUUCCUUUGCUUAUCAUUGGAAAGAACAGAAAUCCACAUUGUUUCAAAGGCAUAAAAUCAUUGCCUGUAUAUUAUGAAGCUAACAAAAUGGCACGGAUGACCUCAGUUGUAUUUGAACAAUGGAUGCGGAAGCUUGAUGAGAAAUUUCAAGCCCAGCAAAGAAGAGUGGUGAUUUUUGUUGAAUCGUUUCCUGCACAUCCAGAGGUAAAAAACCUAAAAUCCAUUGAGUUAGCAUUCUUUCCAUCAUGUUUAUCUUCCAAACUUAUAGCUAUGAAACAAGGUGUUAUUAAAAGCCUUAAAAUCAAAUAUCGACAUUGUCUCAUUAAGAAAUUUUUAAGCUCUGUUGAAGGCAGCAAAGAAUUUAUGUUUUCCCUGCUAGAUGCAGUUGAUACAUUGCAUCUCUGUUGGAGGGCUGUCACCCCAGAGACUAUUGUUAAGAGCUAUGAAGAGGCAGGAUUCAAAUCUCAAAAGGGAGAAAGUGACAAGACAAAUGCAGAGAUGGACACUGGUCUUGAUUUGGUUGCCCAUGCCCAGGCGGCAGGAGUGGAAUUUCCUGAAGGCUUAUCCAUAGAAGAAUAUGCUGCCCUGGAUGAUGAUUUAGAGACGUGUGAAGCAGCACCAGGUGGUGAUGCUGUGUGGACCAAAGAAAGUAAAUCAGAUGAAACUGGAUUUUAUACUUCUGACGAAGAGGAUGAUGGUGGAUCUCUGGGAACAGAACUCCCUUUACCAUCAAAAAAUGUGGCAAUAACCGCUUUAGAUACUCUGAAAAGUUUUCUUAGAAGUCAAGAUAUGAAUGAUGAGCUUCAUAAUUCUUUAGCAGACCUUGAAAUUUUUAUUAACUCUUUAUCAUCUAAGUAGUUAUUUAUUGUACAACAUCUGACGAUAAUAGCUUUUUGUAAUACAUUUUACUAUUUAAGGUAUGUAAAGGGAAAACACUACUUAAACCUAAAAAAUGAAAAACUAGUAAUCUGGUUUAAUUGCAAAUGUCUUUAGUCUGAAGAGCAAAGUCCCCUAGGUAGAUUAAAUAAUGAGUAAGUAAAUAAAAAAUAGGAAUUUCAAUUUAGUAAGGUUUUGGGGAGCAGAAAAUGAAUUUCAGAGGCCUGUACUUGAAACAUAUGGCAUAUAUGUAAAAAAUAAAAAGAACUCUCCAGCUGUUUGAUUCAUACAGGUUGAAUUGGUGAUUGCUAUUUUCUGUUUUUUCUUAAGUUCAGAUCAUGUUCUAGGAUAUUUUAAUUUAUCUACCUCAUCUAAGAAACAAAAUAUCUAUCUAUUGGUUAGAUAUUUAGUUUCAUAAACAUAUAUAUUCUAACUAAAGUAUCGAGUGUUAAUUUUAAAUUAUUUUUCUCAUAACUAGCUAAUCGUCCCAAUAAAAACUAUGAAAAAUUACUGAAAAUAAAAUCUGACCCAAUUAUAUAUACCGAUAUGAUUAAAAAUGUGUCUAACUUUCAAGUUAUUUCUAUAUAAGAUCAAAUAAAAAACUAUGACCUUAUCAGAUGUUUUUUAAUCAUCUAUAACCAGAAGGUGAUAUGGGUUCUUCCUAAAUAUUUGUAUGUAUAUGUGUGUUUAAUAGAAAAGUACAUUAUUGAAAUAUGUAUUAAACUCUUACGAUAUUUAUACUUUAAUAAGAUUACUCUUAAAAAGUAAAUAUGAAUAUACAUAUGCAGUUACUAAAAAAGAAAAUGUCUUAUGUAGUUCUUAGAUAGUUUUCCGAUUUUAAG